CUUAUGCAAUGGCAUCUGACAUUUCUAGGAUGGAGAAGAUCCUGAAUCAUAUCGAGGAGGAUCCCUAUUGUAUUGCUGAUUGGGAGGUGUAUUCAGUUGCAGCUAAUGGAUAUCUGAAAGUUGGGUUAAUUGAAAAGGCUUUAACAGUUCUGAAGAAAAUGGAGGGGACAAUGCCUGUUGGUAGAAAAUUGGCUUUUCAGCAUCUUGUUUCUCUCUAUUCCAGCACUGGCCUUAAGGACGAGGUUUACAGAGUUUGGAAUAUACACAGGCCAUUAAAUGAAGUGCAUAAUCCAUCAUAUUCUGUAAUGAUUUCAUCUCUCGCAAAGCUUGAUGAUAUUGAGGGGGCCGAGAAAAUUUUUCAGGAGUGGGAGACCAUAUGCACGUUUUAUGAUUUUCGGGUACUAAAUCGGCUUUCCUUUCCGCUUCUCUUUUCAAAUUCCUACCUAAAUCUAUGA